AAAUGACGCGCCAAGUGCGCUCAUUAGCUGGUGCGCAUCGUGACACACUCGGCGCAGAUUAGUUUUGUCCACACAUUAUGACUCUAUAUAUAUCUCAAUCCAUCACUGGCAGUGGUAGUUAUACUUAGCUUGAAGUCAGCGGAUUACCAACGAAAAGCUGGUGCUCAUUUACGAUCAGAUAAGUCUCGGGUUUAAUGGACCAAGUGGUUGCUGAAAAUGGAGUUCAACAGGUUGAAUUACUUUUUGCUGUUAAUGAUGAUCAUGGAGGUGUAAUAGUGGAAAUGAAGGAACCUAUGGAUUCCAAGGCCUUUCUUUCUCUGCUCAGGGCUUCAAUAUCACAGUGGAAGCAACAGGGCAAGAAUGGUGUUUGGAUUAAAUUGCCCAUUGGACUUGUAAAUCUCGUUGAAACUGCAGUUAAGGAGGGGUUUCGGUACCACCAUGCUGAGCCUCAUUACCUGAUGCUCGUAUACUGGAUUCCUGAAGCAGCUAGUACUGUCCCUGCAAAUGCUACACACCGAGUAGGUGUUGGUGCUAUUGUCAUGAAUGAUAAAAGAGAGUUGCUUGUGGUCCAGGAAAAGAGUGGAAGAUUACAAGGCAAAGGUAUUUGGAAGAUCCCGACAGGAGUAGUGGAUGAGGGUGAGGAUAUCUUUGCAGCAGCAGUGAGAGAAGUAAAAGAAGAAACAAAUAUUGACACAGAGUUUGUGGAAAUACUAGCUUUUAGGCAAUUUCACAAGGUAUUCUUUGAGAAGUCAGAUUUAUCCUUCCUCUGCAUUCUGAGUCCACUAUCCUUCGACAUUCAGAAGCAAGAAUUAGAGAUUGAGGCAGCCCAGUGGAUGCCAUUCGAGGAAUAUGCAGCCCAACCCAUUACUCAGAAACACGGUCUUUUCAAGUACAUUUCUGAAAUAUGUUUAGCAAAGGUAGACAGAGAGUACGUUGGAUUUUCACCACUGCCAAUGACAUCAUCUUUUGAUGAUCAAGUAACUUACAUUUAUUUGAACAACCAUGAUCUGAACCAGUGAAAUUCCACAUUCAUUCAACUUAGAGUUGAAGGCUGUAUCAUUUUCUAUGUAACUUUAUUUUAUUUGACAUGUCAAUGGAAAUUACUUUUGUUUCUCUCUAUAUUUUCUUGAUGAGUUCAAGUCUCUUUAUUGGGAAAUGUAACCUGAGCCGCUUGGUUGUCUGUAGGGGACCCCUUUUGCUCUAAUAUUAAUGAUGGAGAAUUAAUGUUAUGA